AUGGUUCUUUCUUGGAUUACACAUUCUUUGUCUACAUCAAUAGCUCAGAGUAUUUUGUGGAUUGAUUCAGUGGCUGAAGUGUGGAAGGAUCUCAAAGAUAGGUUCUCUCAGGGAGACAUUUUUCGAAUUUCAGAUUUGCAAGAGGAAAUUUAUGGUUUUACGCAAGGUGAACUUUCGGUAACUGAUUAUUUCACGCAAUUGAAGAUUUUAUGGAAUGAAUUAGAGAAUUUCAGGCCUAUUCCUUCUUGCACUUGCGUAACUCGUUGUAGUUGUGAUGCUCUUGUUACUGUGAAAGUGUAUAGACAGAAUGAUUAUGUCAUUAGGUUUCUGAAGGGAUUAAAUGAACAAUAUGAUCAUGUAAAAUCUCAGAUUAUGCUCAUGGAUCCGUUACCAUCAAUUAAUAAGGUUUUCUCAUUGGUAAUACAACAAGAGAGGCAAUUAUUCCCUAUAAUUCUUGAUUCAAAAAUUUUAGUUAGUGAAUCUGCUACUCAAGGCAGUAAUAAGAGUUUUUCUUAUGAGAGAGGUUUCAGUGAUGGAAGGAAGAGAUUUAGUGCCCAGAAUAAUAACAAAGUGUGUACAUAUUGUGGCAAAUUAAGGCACACUGAGGAAAUAUGCUAUAGAAAGCAUGGAUUCCCGCCUGGAUUCAAAUUUAGGAAUAAUUCUAUUGCAAAUAAUGUUGAGGCAGAUCUAGAUGAGAAACCUGUUAAAACUGUUACGGCUGGUGAAAGCAAGAAUUCUACAGCUCAUGUUCUUACUUCGGAGCAAUAUCAUCCAUUAAUGGCUCUUAUUCACCAAUCUCCUCUUAACAAAGAUAUUCAUUCCACAAAUCAAGUCAAAUCCUCCAAUUCUUUUAAUCCUGGUCCAGGUAAUUCUUUUGUCUUUUCUUGUUCAGUUCUUCCUAAUCUUUGGCUUCUGGAUAUAAGAGCUACUAAUCAUAUUUGUUUUUCCAUUUCUUAUUUUACCACUUAUAAGAAAAUUAAGCCUAUUUCUGUUAAACUUCCAGAUGGAAAUCAUCUUGUUUCACAUUUUGCUGGUACAGUUCAUUUUUCUUCCUCCUUAGUUCUAUAUAAUGUUCUCUAUAUUCCCCAAUUCAAAUUCAAUUUAAUAUCUGUCAGCAAGCUUACUUCUUCUUUACCUUGUGAACUCAUUUUUCGUAAUGACCAAUGUUCCAUACAGAAUUUGAAUACCUCGAGGAAAUUUGGUUUAGCUAAAGUUCAUGGAGGCUUGUAUGCGUUAAUAAAUCCUGCACAACCUUCUCCUAAUGUCAUGUCCUUUGUCAACGUUUUUUCAGCUACUUCAGUCUCGAUAGGCUUCAAUCUCUAG